AUGGAAGCCAAAGAGUACGGUGCGAAGCUCCCCGCCGGCUUAGAUUACUUCAUGAUGCCGCGCGUCACGCAGACCGCGCCGCAGUUCGACUUUAGAAAACUAGGAGCCAGCUUCAGCGGCCGCGACGAUGACAAACACGACGAGCCCGAGCACCAGGAGCGACGAGAAGCACCGCCCGCGCCCUGGCCGCUGGGACUCGGCGUGCAGUUCGUCAACCCCGCCACCGGCAAGAAGAGAGUGCAGUGCAACGUCUGCCUUAAGACUUUCUGCGAUAAAGGCGCCCUAAAGAUUCACUUCUCGGCGGUUCAUCUCCGUGAGAUGCACAAGUGUACAGUGGAGGGGUGCACCAUGAUGUUCAGUUCGCGUCGUUCUCGUAAUCGGCACAGUGCUAACCCUAAUCCUAAGUUACAUUCGCCGCAUGUGAGACGUAAGAUAUCGGCGCACGACGGCAGGUCGUCUCAGCCGUUCCCGCUGCUGCCGGCCCUGGCUCGUCUGCCGCUGCCCCCGCCGGCGCUGCUCCCGCCCGAGCUGGCCUCACGUCUUCCACACCCGCUCGUCCCACCGUCCGGACACACACACCUGCCGCCGCGAGUGCCUCUCGAUGAUCUCCGUAACUUCAGUGAAAUAGAAAAAAUGUAUAGAAAAAUACCAUCGCCGGAAAAUUACACGCGCCACCCGCUAGACCUCGCUCGAACGUCGGCUUCGCGCGAGGAGACAUCCAGUAAUUACGUCGAUAACAACGAAGAUGGUUCUGAAGAUGAACACUGUGAGAAGACUAAAAUUGAAGACGAGUGUCCUAAAGAGGAAACGUCGUGUUACAACGACGAGCCCGAAGAUCUGAGUGUAAAUAAAAAGAAAAAUACAGACGCUGCACCCGUUGUGAUAACAGACACUAGUGGUCGUACAGAGACAGCCACCUCGGAUGAUAAGUCAUCGCUGGUACCUAACAAGCGGAAAAGAAAGAGCGGCAAUCCGACGAGAUGCUCACAGAGUAACGAGUACAGUGCUUCCGACGAAGAAUACAAUAGUGAUUUAUUUAGGAAUCUAUCGACUGCUAGUCAUGUAGACGAAGAGCCCUUAUCAUUAAAAAAACAGAAACCUGAGAAGUGGGAGCCCUUUCAGAACAACGACGAACAGACUGUGACUUCUGAAUCAGUUAAAGUGAAGGCUGAGAGUGAUUCGGAUGAUGAGUCCAGUGCUCCUAGCGUCGUGCGUGAGGGUCUGAGGCUGAGGUCAGAUUUAUAUACACCCAGUGAUAGCGGAAGUGACUUACACACGAUCGAGGAGAGGCUCGCUCGAGUGAGGUCGCCGUCCGCGAGCAGUGAUAGAACAGACGAUAGAAACGAUGUGAAUGAUCUCGAAAUACCCAUAGAUGAAGAAAACCCCGACAGAUGCACCGCCUGCGGUAAAAUAUUUCAGAACCAUUUCACAUUACGCAUGCACUACAGGAAUGAUCACUUGAAGCUGCUCCAUCCGUGCGAUGUGACGGGCUGUGACGCUGCCUUUCCCUCUAGACGGAGUCGUGACAGACACAGCUUGAAUGUAGACCUCCACAGACGACUCCUGUCUACUUCCUCGCCUCAGAACCCAGACCAAAGGCCAGCGUUCGAGGUUAACGCUGAACUGUUAAACAAAUUAUACGCCGAUAUAAAAGGGCUCGCGUCAACACUCGAGACGCUGAGAUACGGCGACGAGUCUUCCCAGGUUCCUAAUUACGUUUCCGAAACUAUGAAGUUUUAUAGUAGAAACUUGACGGCUCUGCAGGCGGGUCUGUUCCCGCAGCUAGAUCGUGGUUUUUUUCCGGGGCCCUUUCUGAUGAACGGCGCUCCUCAGCCCGGGGGCCUGUACGCGCCGGGCGCUCAGUCAAACCGAGAGUCCCUAUCGCCGCUAUCCGCCUCCUCUCCUCCAGUAAUAUCCCCGGGCCGACUGGACGCAGCUCACGCCAGGCCCCGGGAUGACGCGAAGCUGCUUUUUCGGGAGACCUCGGAGUCCUUCAAGAAGAUGACCUCGCUGUGUGAGCGUCAGGAACAGCUGUACCAGCACCACGUCCCCGUAUCAUGA